UUGUGAGAUGACGGGGGCGUGGUAAUUUGUCCCACAGGAACUGGUGUAACGGGGGGUUGGCGUCUCACAAUCAUUGUGCCCUUGAGAGCGUGAGAUCUAAAGGUUUGUCGUGGACAUCGAUCGCCUUUGAAUGAUAGAGCCCCCGAAUCGUAACGAAAUACGUUCUGGGUAUUGCUUGUCAAGAGCCUGUCGCUGUGACAGGGAAUUUUUUGGGGUUUUCUUGGGGGUUUUAGUGGGUGGUUUUUGAGUAUGUUAUUUUUUUAUUUUUGUGAAAAAUAAACGGAGUGGCACUGUGGAUUUAGCGUUGUUAAUUUUAUUGUGUACCCAAAAGUGGAGAGCCCGGAGGAACCGGUCCGUGACAGAAACAGGGGAGCGAGAAGCGGUGGCGGAGCCUACGGGCUUCCACAUCUCGCUGCCGCUUUUAAAAGGCGUUAUCCUGCGUUGUUUCUCUUGCCACUGCCCCAUUGCAAAUUCUCCUUCUGCGGGUGGAUUCCCUCCCGUUACUGAGCUUGCGAACUGAGAGAGUCUUGUUGGGGAGAUCUUGAUGAGAGCUCUCCAGUUAGGCUUCUCACGACCUCCCUGGGCAGGCGUCUCACGACCUCUGUGUGUGUGUGGAGCCUGGCUUCUGUUUGCUGUUCAUUACACAGCCGUUGUCUUCCUUGGCAUGCAGGGUUUUGACGAGGGAAUCCGUUGGGCAUGUUGCGGACGUUAAGGAUGGGUCACAUGGAUCUUUGAAUUCAGUCGAAGUCGUUGUCACGAAGGUCGUCCCCUAAUUCAAGAGUCGCGCAGCUGGAAAACAUCUGGAGAUAGACAUUUAAUCGGGAUGACGAAUAAUGGGAACAUAUCUACUGGCGAGGUGGUGGUCGUUACUCCCGCGAGGGAAACCUUCAACAUAGAGGACGGGCAGCGAGAACCAGGCCAUGUGGUGGUUCUGGGACCAAUCGACAAUGACAGCGACAAUGCGAAAGUCCCUCGCAUCUCCGCUGCCGAUGGCUCCACUCCCGAAAGAGAGGCGCUCCUCUCAGGAUGGCGCCGGCACAACGACGUCGCGUCGUUGCAAGAGGUGAACUCUUCUAUUAAUGUACCCGAGGGGGCAUGGUACAAGAAGGCGUUUGCCUUCGCUGGCCUCGGAAUCAUGGUCAGCGUUGCAUACAUGGAUCCUGGAAAUUGGGCUACGGGUCUCAACGGAGGUGCUGCGUUUGGUUACACACUGCUCUCGGUCAUUUUGCUGUCGAACUUCGCAGCUAAUUUCUUCCAGUUCAUGUCUCUGAAGCUCGGCAUUGUGGCGGAUCGUGACCUGGCCCAAGCAUGUCGCGACGCUUACCCCAAGUAUGUGGUCUAUGUCCUGUGGGUGAUGAUGGAAAUUGCCAUCGCCGCGACUGAUUUGGCGGAGGUGAUUGGUUCAGCCGUCGCAAUGAACCUCUUAUUUGGCCUUCCUCUUUGGGCCGGCGUGUUGAUUACAGCAGUGGACACAAUGAUCAUCCUCGUGUUCGGAACUCGGAGUUUCCGAAGCUUGGAAGUUCUUGUCCUCCUCCUCUGCUUACUCAUCGCGGGGGUGUUUGUCUACGAGCUCAUCGCCGUGAAGCCAGAGUGGAUCAGAGUAGCCAAGGGCCUGUAUCCUAAAUCCGAGAUCAUCACAAAUCCUGACAUCCUCUACAACGCUAUCGGUAUCCUCGGCGCCACUUGCAUGCCCCAUAGCUUGUUUCUCCACUCGAGCAUCAUCCAGACGCGAGCCUAUCCUCGCACAAAGCAAGGCAGGAAAAUGGCUCUGAAAUACGGCACAUGGGACUCGUGCUUUUCCUUGACAUUUGCCUUCUUCGUGAAUGCAUCCAUCUUGAUCCUUGCCGCUGCGGCUUUUCACUACGGUCCCUACGCCAACCGUGAGCUUGCCAACCUCAGUGACGCAUACAAGCUCCUCGCACCCGCUUUGGGAAACAACGCCGCAAAGAUUCUUUUUGGGGUGGCGUUGCUUGCUUGUGGCCAAAACUCAACCAUCAUUGGCACAUUGUCUGGCCAAGUCGUCAUGGAGGGGUUCCUCAGAAUUAGAAUCAAGCCUUGGCUUCGACGCUUCGUCACCCGGUCGAUCUCCAUUAUACCAGCUGCCAUUGUCGCGGCUAUCGGGGGCAACAACGGCGCGGGGCGUCUGCUUGUUCUCAGUCAGGUCAUUCUGUCCUUCACUUUGAUCUUUGCCGUCGUCCCCUUGGUGCAUUUCACGAGCUCCCCUGCCAAGAUGGGUAGCUUCGUCAACAGCUGGGUUGCGAGAAUCUGUGCAUGGACCAUUGCAGCGAUUAUCGGCAGUCUCAAUGCAUACCUCGUUAUCCAAAGUAUUCGCCAAGGGUCUUUCGGGCAAGCCGGCCACGUUUGAGACAUAAAUUAUGUACGUCGACGUGGUUUGAGCCUAUGUAGGUGCUCGUCGAAACAGAUGAAAUGUAUCUUCCCACGAGCUAAUCCUAAGUUUCAGUUUGGGGCGUACGCACACUUCUGUUAUUCAAUGACACGGAAUACUCUCCUUUUUCCCCCUUCUUCUUUUUCCUUUUUCGUUUCGUUUGACCCGGCCUCUGAAACGCCAGAGAAGAGGUUGCCCAAACAACUCCACACAGUGAUCUAAAAGUUGUCGAUCAACUGUUGCUGUACAAGCAAAGCCGGAGCCCAAGUUUCCAGUCCCCCAAGUUUCUCUUGUGAAUGUACCCUCUUUCGUUACAGUCUGUUUGAAGUGACGAAUUUCUGUUUGUACCUUCAUGCAUUCAGACUGGGUUGACCUUUGCGGUACAUGCGCGGAUACCUGCUUUACGGAUGCACGAGACAGGAGCUAGCCUUAUCUUGUGUCGUCUAGCAUCUGGCAUAACAUUUUGUGUCUCAUUCCCUGGUCCGCCAGUGGUGUAGGUGACGUAGCUCUUAGACCGAAGACUUUGUCCUGUAACCUCAAGCUUGGCAUCAAAAUACCUCCCGAGCAAUGUCGCUGGAAAGAGGUCUAAGAUCUUUGGAGCUGUUGGGAUGAAUCCUCAGUCGGGGAUUGCGUGCUUCCCCUGGAAUUACACUUGAGCUUCAUUCGAGCUAGAAAUAGCUUGUUUUAUUCCUAUAAUAUGUUCUCUAGGCUCAGCCACGAAUGUGCAAGUGUUGUACAUCGGCGAUGAUAAUAUCUUGUGCUGCCCGGAACUCUUUUAUCUUUAUUUUUUCUUGCUUUGCUUA